AUGCUAAACACCCGACUGAUCAAGUUUUAUGUUGCACUUGAACAGGAAAUUGUUUGUAUUUUGCAUCCCCACCUCUAUGGAAUUUCUGCAAGCGGACUAAUUAAUGCUUCCUUCAAUAAAAAUGCAUCAGUGCAACCUUACCCAAAUUCAAAUGUUGCGUCCAGCCAAGCUAUUCCCACUUCACAUUAUUCACCCAAUCCUUACACCCAGCCUUCAAUUGCUGGUUAUCCUAACAAUGCCCCCAAUACUUACGGCCAGCAUCCAAGCCAUGGUUUUGGAUAUAAUGGACCCAAUGCUCACACAAGUUCUGGUUAUGGAAUCCAUGGACCCAAUGCUUAUGGCCAGCCUCAAAGUCAAGUUUUUGGAUAUAGUGCACCCAAUGCUUAUGGCCAGCCUCCAAGUCAAGUUUUUGGACAUAUUCAAGCAGGUUUGGCUCGACCUCCUAACAAACAACCCUGGGGUGGGGCUUCUAGCUAUAACCAUGGAGGUACACAGCCUUAUCCACCCGGAUCAUCAAAUCCCAGCAUUCCUGAAGAUUUUAAUUUGAAUUCAAUGGAACCAAAUCAGAAGCAAGAGUAUCUUCAAAAACUUGGACUUCUUCCACAAAAAUAUGAGGCUAGAAGUUCUGCAUGCAUGUGGGCAAGAUACUUUGAGGGUAAGGAUCCAUACGGCCCACUGAACACCUGA